AUGUGCGGAGGUGUUGCAACUUUUAUUCACUCAAAAUGGUCCAUUUCUAACAAAGUUUGUUUCAAAUUCUCGAAUGACUACAUUGAUUGCAUCACUGUGAGAUGUCGCCCGAAACACCUGUCAAAAUACAAAUUCAUUUAUAUUUCUAAUGUUUAUGUCUCUCCUGGCUGUACCAUAUUGGAUUUAUCUAUGUUCGCUGAUGAAUUCACCGCUUUUGCUGCAGCUUGCUUCGAGAACUCUUUAUCAAUAGUAACUGGCGACUUUAAUGCAUGCGAUCACUCCUUCCUUAUAUCACUUGGUCAUGACAAUAUUAUUAACUUUGCCACUCGUCUUGGUAAAACAUGGAUUUAG